AUGGGGAAUUACAAAUCAAGACCUACUCAGACAUGUACAGAUGAGUGGAAAAAGAAAGUGAGUGAGUCAUAUGCUGUUAUUAUUGAGAGGUUAGAGGAGGACUUGAGAAUUAAAGAGGAGGAGUUUAAGGAACUCAAGCAUGUUUUCAGCUCAGAUGAAGCAUUCAAUAAAGUGAACUUGAAUUAUCGCACAGAGGGUGGACUUUCCCUGCUUCAUCUCUGCUGCAUAUGUGGAGGGAAUAAAGCUCACAUCAGGACCCUCAUGCUGAAAGGUUUGCGUCCAUCCAGACUCACCCGCAAUGGAUAUACUGCCCUGCACCUGGCAGCAUUCAAGGAUAAUGCAGAAUUGGUCACGGCGCUGCUGCAUGGUGGAGCAGACAUUCAGCAGGUAGGCUACGGAGCCCUCACUGCCCUACAUAUAGCAACUGUGGCCUCCCAUCUUGAGGUCGUUGAUAUUCUUUUACAACACGGUGCAUAUGUCAAUGUUCAAGAUGCAGUGUUCUUCACGCCUCUGCAUAUUGCAGCUUACUUUGGCCACGAGCAGGUCUGCAAGCUUCUUAUGAAAUUUGGGGCUGAUGUUAAUGCUAGUGGAGAGGUGGGGGACAGGCCGCUUCACCUGGCGGCAGCUAAAGGUUUUCUGGGGAUUGUCAAACUGCUGAUGGACGACGGUAGCAAAACUGACGUCAACGCUCAGGACAACGAGGAUCAUGUUCCCCUUCAUUUCUGUGCUCGUUUUGGACACCAAGAGGUGGUCCGUUUUCUUCUUCAGGGCAGUUUUGACGUUCAGCCGCACUGUGUCAACAUCUACGGAGAUACACCUCUCCAUCUAGCAUGUUACAAUGGAAAGUUUGAAGCGGUGAAAGAGAUUAUCCAGUUGUCUGGGACGGAGAGUCUGUCUAAGGAGAACAUCUUCAGUGAGACUGCGUUUCACAGUGCCUGCACCUUCGGCAAGAACCUGGAAAUGGUGAAGUAUCUGCUCGGUCAGAAUGCGAUGAGCAUCAACCAUCAGGGUCGAGAUGGACACACAGGUCUGCAUAGUGCCUGUUUCCAUGGCCACAUCCGGCUAGUUCAGUUUCUUCUGGACAAUGGAGGAGACAUGAAUCUGGUGGCUUGUGACCCCAGCCGAUCCAGUGGGGAAAAGGACGAACAGACUUGCUUAAUGUGGGCCUAUGAGAAAGGCCACGAUGCCAUUGUUACUCUGCUAAAACACUACAAACGACCUCAGGAUGAUUCACCCUGCAAUGAGUAUUCUCAACCAGGAGGGGACGGAUCUUAUGUUUCUGUCCCCUCUCCCCUGGGAAAGAUCAAAAGUAUGACUAAAGAGAAGGCAGAUGUGCUUCUCCUGAGAGCAAGUCUUCCGUCAAACUUCCAUCUUCAACUCUCUGAACUGGAGUUUAAUGAGAUUAUUGGAUCAGGCUCCUUCGGAAAGGUCUACAAAGGAAAAUGUCGCAAUAAGAUAGUAGCAAUUAAGCGGUACCGACCAAACACAUAUUGCUCAAAGUCUGACACGGAUAUGUUCUGUCGAGAAGUGUCUAUCCUGUGUCGCCUCAACCAUCCCUGCGUUAUCCAGUUUGUGGGAGCGUGUCUGGACGACCCCAGUCAGUUUGCCAUCGUAACCCAAUACGUUUCUGGAGGAUCCCUGUUCUCGCUACUGCACGAACAAAAGAGAAUCAUUGAUCUGCAGUCCAAGCUCAUCAUUGCCAUUGAUGUGGCCAAGGGCAUGGAGUAUCUGCACAAUCUGACCCAGCCAAUCAUUCACAGAGAUCUGAACAGUCAUAAUAUUCUGCUCUAUGAGGAUGGACAUGCUGUGGUAGCUGACUUUGGAGAGUCCCGCUUCCUGUUGUCUGUGGAUGAGGACAAUAUGACUAAACAGCCUGGGAACUUGCGCUGGAUGGCCCCAGAGGUGUUUACCCAAUGCACGCGCUACACGGUGAAAGCGGACAUGUUCAGCUACGCCCUCUGCCUGUGGGAGCUGCUCACGGGGGAGAUUCCCUUCGCACACCUCAAACCAGCUGCAGCCGCUGCAGAUAUGGCCUAUCAUCAUGUUCGUCCACCGAUUGGAUACUCAAUCCCCAAACCCAUCUCAGCACUGCUCAUGAGGGGCUGGAACGUUUGUCCAGAGGAAAGACCUGAGUUUUCAGAGGUGGUUGCCAAACUCGAGGAAUGCCUGUGUAACGUUGAGCUCAUGUCUCCAGCCUCCAGUAAUAGCAGUGGUUCUCUCUCACCCUCAUCCUCCACUGACUGCCUGGCAGCACGUGGCAGCCCUGGACGAAGCCAUGUGGCUGCCCUCCGCUCACGUUUCGAGUUGGAAUACGCCCUCAACGCCCGCGCCUACGCAUUUUGGACCCAAAACUCUGCUCGGAGGUCUUCGCAGGGUUUGUCUCUGGAUGAGAUGAGGAGGAACAUGCAGUUCCCGCCCAUCGACAGAAACGGAUAUGUGUCAGAUCCCAUGAGCACCAUGCGUUUCCAUUCGUGCAGCAGCAAUGGAAGUUUUGAGGACAGCAACUAG